AAAAGUCACACCAGAAUAUUUCAGUAUUACAAUCUCCAAGUGACCUUCACCAGCUUGGAGUGGUCAAGUCACCUCUGCAGAAUUUACUCUCACCAUGUUUUCGUUAACAUUGAGACGUAUUUCUGCAAAAACAUUUAUUGGAUCGAGUGUGUCUGCAGUCAAUGGGUGUAAAUACUCCUCAGUACCAGAAGCCACUCUAGAUAUCCAGCCCUGUCUCCUACACAAAUUAGAACAUGGUCCCCCGACUCAAGCCACCGUGACCAGGGAGGAAGCUGUUAAGUUUUAUAAGGACAUGGUGACAAUCCGCCGGAUGGAAACAAUGGCUGGAAGUCUGUACAAAUCUAAGAACAUCCGUGGAUUUUGCCAUCUGUAUUCUGGACAAGAAGCAUGUUGUGUCGGCAUGGAGGCAGCCAUUACUCCUGAGGAUGCCGUAAUUACCGCAUACCGCGCCCACGGCUGGACAUACAUUAGGGGCAUCAGUGUCCUAGGGGUGCUGGCAGAACUGACAGGUCGUGCGUCUGGUUGUGCCAAGGGGAAAGGAGGUUCUAUGCACAUGUACACUAAGAACUUUUAUGGAGGGAAUGGCAUAGUUGGAGCACAGGUACCUCUUGGAGCUGGAAUUGCCUUUGCCUUGAAGUACGACAAUAAGCCAAACAUCUGUAUCACCUUAUACGGAGAUGGAGCUGCUAAUCAAGGCCAGCUGUUUGAGGCCUUUAACAUGGCUAAGCUGUGGAACUUGCCCUGUGUGUUUGUCUGUGAGAACAAUGGCUAUGGUAUGGGGACAAGUGUAGAGAGGGCAUCAGCCAGCACAGAUUACUAUACCAGGGGGGACUAUGUUCCAGGAAUGAGAGUAGAUGGUAUGGAUGUUCUAGCAGUGAGGGAAGCAACAAAGUUUGCGAGGGACUAUGCACUUCAUAAUGGACCUAUUCUUAUAGAGGCAGCAACCUACCGUUACCAUGGGCACAGUAUGAGUGACCCAGGAACUAGUUAUCGACCUCGUGAGGAGAUUAAAGAAAUUCGCGAAACUAGGGACCCUAUAACUGUAUUCAAACGUAAAAUCACAGACAAUAACCUUGUUACUCCAGAGGAAUUAAAGAAAAUUGAUCAGGAAAUAAAGAAAGAAAUUGACAAGGCAGCAGAACAGGCCAAGAAUGACCCAGAAAUUCCCUUAGAAGAGCUCUACAAUAAUGUUUACAUUAACCCCGAACCUGAUUUUGUGGUCCGAGGAUGUGAUCCCAGUAUAAGGGUCGUGUCAAGAUGAGUGAACUCUACCUAAAAAUAGAUGUGUCAAAUGUCCAGAUAAGUGUGGGUAUCAUUGAUAUAGAAGAAGGAGUUUUUAUCAUAUCAUAGUGCCGAUAAAAUGGAUGUGAUAUUUAUUAAGGGGACUGAAAAUACUCACCUUUGAAGGUUCUUGUGUUGGUAAGAAUUUCCAUGAAGUAUUAUGGAUGUGUUUGUUGAUGUUAUGGAAAAUAAUUCGCUUUAUAAAUAUCUGGUGACUUACCUAGGAAAAAGGAGAAUUUUUAAACUACCAGUUGUUAAUGUUUUUUGUAGUUAAUGGUAUUCAAAAGUAAAUCGAAAUCUCAAGAGUUAGUGUCCAGUUUUAUUUUGUUACAUGUACAUUCAUUAAAUUGUUAUUAACUAGCUGUGAUUUUUAUGCUUUAUACAUUUUAUUUCAUUCCUUUAUUUAGUCAACUUCCUAAAUUUAAAUAAAUAUACAAAAUCCU